CCGUUAUUAAACGUUAACACAUUGACAACCCUAAGAUUCUCAGCUCGACAGAUUACGAUAGUUGGUAUUUUCUGAUCACAACACAAGCGGUCACACUGCUUGGCGGCUUCGUCUUUACUACUAAAAUUUUAAUAACAAUUCCGAUAAAUACAGUAAAAACAUGGAACAGGAACCCGAGGAACAGACUUUCCAGCUCCAGGCACUUGAGAUACGCGAACCUGAUAGCAAUUUCGAUCCCAAGAAGCCGCCAGAAUCCGGGGAGGAGUACUUAAUGCACAUGCUAUACGAGAGGAAACGCUGUCCAGCUGUAGUCACCAAAAGAUCACCUAAAAUUAAAGAUAACACAGGGAACACCUUUGAGAUGUUAGACAAUCCCGCAUUGCCGCCGUUUAAGUGCUUGCUGCCCACACCUGAGUGGCGAGAUGAACAGGUUAAAUCCUUCCAAGCAGCCCGCUCCCAGGUUUUGGUACUUCGCAGAGAGUUAGCCAACCAUAACUACGAUCAGUCCGCCGAACCGCCUUUAACCUCGGAUCAGGAGAAAUGGCAACAAUUCUGCCGAAAUGAACAGCCUCUCUUAAGCACCCUUCUCCAUUUGACCCAAAGUGACUUGGAACAUCUACUGGAAAUGCUCAGCAAAUGGCUGAAGGAUCCCGAUUCACCGGUGGACCUCCUUCAAGAUGUCUGGCUAGCCCGCUGGCUAUAUGCCACCCUGGUUUGCCUUCAUCUUCCCCUGGAACCCCAUGUGUUCAGCACCCUCCGAUAUAUUGCCCGAUCCUGCAUCCAUUUGAGGAAUGCAUUGAAGGUGGAGGAAGUGCAGCGAGCAGCACCUUACAAUUUAUUACUAACCCUCAUUAUUCAGGUCUUUGCACAAAGUGAUUUUAAGGAUUAUAUUUAAGGUAUUAAAUUAUUGUUAAGAAAUAUGUAAACUAAGCGAAAGGUGACUAUUGUUAACUUAAUAAGCCAAGAAGCUGUUUUGGAUUUAACCUUUUGUAAUUGCCUUUUAAAUACUUGAAAACAUUUUUAUUUUUGUCGAAAAAGAUACUUUAAAUAUCGAUAUAAUGUAAAGGAAAUUGUCUCAAUUUAAGUUUUGAAAAUCCAUGAUAAAUUCAAAAGUUUAAUUUUCCUCAGCAACUAAAGCUUAUUUAUGUUAUUUUUAUUUUACUGCAUAAUAAUAUAUAUUCCUCUAAUCUGAAUGAAGCAUUACAAUAUUUAAUAUUUUAUAAUUUAUUUUAUUUUUGCCGAAAAAGAUACUUUAAAUAUCGAUAUAAUGUAGGAAAUUGUCUCAAUUUAAAUUUUAAAAUCCAUUUUAAAUUCAAAAGUAUAAAAGUUUAUUUUUCCUCA